AUGAAAAGGGCUAAUACUGAAAGUAGUAGUAAAGAGGUAGCCUUAUUCUCGCAUUUAGAAAUUCCUAAAGAACUAAAUACAAGUUUGGCGCCUAAAGAAGUUCAUCCAGCUGUAUUAGUUCUUGGUUUACAAUUUGCCGAAUUCAAAAUAUGUGGAGCUAAUGCUCAUUAUAAGACACCAGCAGGUUACACCUUAUCACGUCAUCUACCUACACAUCUUUCACCUCAAAUAAAAUAUUUGGUGAAAGCACGUCCAUUAUCAGUGGGUAUGGGCAACGCUAUUAGAUACCUUAAGUUGGAAAUCUCAACAAUGAAUAUUGAUAUAUCAGAUGACGAAGCAAAAAUUGCAUUAUGUGACAAAAUCGAUAACUUUAUUCGCGAUCGUAUAACAGUCGCUGAUACAAUGAUUGUUGAAUAUGGGUUACAAAAAAUUCAAGAUGGUAAAAGACUUUUAAAUAAAUUGGUAAACGUGGGAAUCAAUUGCACAUAUGCUUUUCUUCAUGCACUUGGAUUUGUAUUAAAAGAUGUUUCAAAAGUUUUUCUUGGUGCAAAUGCUUUCAUGUCAAACGGAACACUUUACUCGCGUGUUGGCACUGCAUUGGUAGCAAUGAUGGCUAAAGGAAAAGAUAUUCCAGUUAUCGUAUGUUGUGAAACCUAUAAAUUCACUGACAAAGUACAAUUAGAUUCUUUUGUGACUAAUGAACAAGCACGCCCUGAUGAAUUAAUUAAUACUUCCACCUGUUCAAUACCAAAAUCUGGUUCAUUGAGUGAUUGGCUUCAAAAACCAGAUUUAAAAUUAUUAAACAUCUUGUAUGAUUUGACACCUUCAAAAUACAUAACAACUGUUAUCACUGAAGUUGGAAUGAUUCCAUGUACAAGUGUUCCUGUGAUUUUAAGAGAAAUAAAAUAA